AUGCAGAAUCUGACAGACUAUCCAGGAAACUCAACAUCCAACACGGGCCCGAUAAUAGCACUGAAAAUAUGUAUUGUCGUCCCACUUUUUUGCAUCUUCCUCUACUUCAUUGUCCUGAUGCUGCACACCCUGGCAUCACAUAGGCAGUUCUGGGAGAACCCACGCUACAUCCUUUUUGGCUACAUGCUGAUCAACGACUCCCUUCUGGUGGGGUGCUCCGUCCUGCUUUUCGUCUUCUUUUUGACCCAGUUCUGGCUUUCUGUCAUCCUCUGCAUGUCCAUGAUUUUUGUCUCCACCUUCACCUUCCUCAACACUCCGUUUAUUCUGGCGACCAUGUCACUUGAGCGCUACGUUGCCAUAUUCUACCCCCUACACCGGCCCGCUGCCUGGCGUGCAGACUGCAUUUGGGCCGUCAUGCUGCCCACACUGCUGAUCAGCCUGGCGUUCCCCACCAUCGAGCUGUGCCUGGGGAGGCAGUACCCCGGCUCCAGUGCCUUCACCACCAUGGUGCUCUGCAGGAGCAAAGACUUCCACAAUUCACCUCUCAUGACGCUGGUCAAGGUCUCCCUGUAUGGGAUGUUCUUUGUGGCGACGGCCCUCACCAUCCUCUUCACUUAUGUUCGCAUCCUGCAGAAGGCGCGGACGAUGCGUCGGGAUGAGGCGGUGGGCAAGGCCCUGUACACGGUGCUGCUGCACGGGCUGCAGCUCUUGCUCUGCAUCAUGUCCUUCACCCAACCUGUCACAGAACAACUCAUCGUAGUGCACUCACAUUGGCUCAAGGAGCAGAUUCCCUUCUUAAACUAUUUCUUUUUUGCCCUCCUACCCCGCUUCCUCAGCCCCCUCAUUUACGGGGUGCGGGAUGAGAGUCUCAGGGCCCAUUUGAAGAGAGCCAUCCUGUGCUGCUCCCCCAGAGAAAAGCCAUUUUUUAAAAAGCAGCAAAAAAGACCGGUGGUUGUCGAACUUGACAUGGGUAAUGAAAGCCAGCUUUCUGAUACCAAGGUAGUGUCCCUGCUGGGAAUCUCACGGGACAAGUUCCUGCAGGAGCAGAUUCCGGUUUAA